AUGAGCGCGAUCCUGUCGGCCGACGACUUGAACGAUUUCAUCUCGCCCGGAGUCGCAUGUAUCAAACCAGUGGAAACCCUACCAGAAAAGAGCCAGGAAAAUGCAUAUGAAGUCACAACGGAAGACAAAGUUCAGCCCGAGGACUUACCACCUGCACAGAUUUCUUUGACGGAUUGCCUUGCAUGCUCUGGCUGCGUCACAUCUGCAGAAGCGGUGCUAAUCUCGCUUCAGUCCCACGCUGAAGUUCUCAACACUCUUGAUGCGCACCCAGAAAUACCCUUGGCGCAUGAAAAUCACGGAACGAUUAUUAAGAACACGGAAGAUUCUGGAGAAGGCAAGAUCUUUGUGGCCAGUGUUAGCCCGCAGGUCAGGGCAAGCUUGGCCACAACUUAUGGAAUCUCAGAGAAAGAAGCGGGGUAUAUGGUUGACCAAUUACUCAGUGGACCACAAGGCCUGCGGGGUGGAGGAAAAUACGGCAAUGGAUUUACUUGGGUGGUAGACAGCAAUGUCAUGCGAGAGGCCGUUCUCGUACUUACCGCCGAUGAAGUGUCAGACUCGCUCGGGUCGUCGGCUACGAGCGAAGCGGAGAAUUCUCUUCCCAAGCGCCCAAUUUUGUCUUCAGCAUGCCCCGGAUGGAUUUGCUACGCAGAGAAAACCCACCCGUUCAUUCUUCCACAUCUCUCUCGCCUCAAAUCCCCACAAGCUUUGUCCGGAACAUUCCUCAAGACUGUCCUGAGCAAAUCUCUUGGGGUUCAUCCCUCUCGGAUCUGGCAUUUGGCUGUAAUGCCAUGCUUUGAUAAGAAGCUGGAAGCCAGUCGAGAGGAGCUCACGGACUUGACAUGGCGCCAGGGAGAUCACUCAAGCUCCGACACCGCGCCCGUUCGCGAUGUAGAUUGCGUCAUUACUGCCCGUGAACUUCUCUCUUUGGCUUCAUCUCGAGGAUUCUCACUACGCAACCUGCCUCUACAGCCUCUUCCAUCAUCCUGCGCCCUGCCUUUUCCCGAGAAGACUCUCGAAUCUUUCGUUUCAUUUAAACGAAAUCGAACAGAGCAAUCUCUCGCCACAGGCACCUCGGGAGGGUACCUCCACCACGUCCUCAUGACUUUCCAGGCCCGCAAUCCAGGCAGCCAACUCGUGAUUAACCGUGGACGCAACGUCGAUGUCGUCGAGUACAUCCUGAUGUCCAAGGAUAAUCAACCGAUUUUGAAAACCGCGCGCUACUACGGUUUCCGAAAUAUUCAAAACCUCGUCCGAAAGCUCAAACCCGCACGUGUAUCGAAACUUCCAGGCGCAAACCCUGCCGUCCGUCGGCGCCAACCAGUCUCCCGAAACGCCGCUUCUACCGGUAGCUCAGGGUCAGAUUAUGCCUAUGUUGAAGUCAUGGCCUGUCCUGGUGGGUGCACGAAUGGUGGUGGACAGAUUCGGGUGGAGGAUGCCAGGGAGACUAUUGGCUCCUCCCAAGGAGAAGCGACAGAUGAGUCUUCUAAACCUUCGCCCCACGAGCAACGCGCGUGGCUGGCUCGUGUCGACGAGGCAUACUUCUCCAUGGAAUCAGACUCUGAGCCAGAAGUGGAAAUUCAGUCUCCGGAGACUUCAUUGGAAGACAAGGAGGCAAGGAUCCAUGGAGGCUUGGAGCGCUGGUCCCAGUUUAUGGACAUUCCUUUGUCAAAGCUUGCUUACACCACUUAUCGUAAGGUUGAAAGCGAUGUGGGCAAGGACCAAACCCCUGCCAACGAUACCACGCGUGUUGUGGAGCUUGCUGGGAAGAUUGGUGGCGGCUGGUGA